UUCAGUCACCUUGCAGGAGCCUAGAACUUGGUGAUACAGGAUGAUGUCCUGUCCAGAACAGGAUAACUCCAGGAGAGGUGUGCCACAUGACGGAGAUUGUAAUGAAAGGCGGAGUGGGAACCGGACCUCUGGUCCAUGUUUGCUGCACCGAUUUGGUGAACAACUCUUGAAGUUGAAGAAGCCCUCAGCAUCCCAUGCUGUGGCUGCAUAGAUGAGAAGAGAUAGCAGAAGCACCACAACAAGAAGUUUAACCAUGUUUCUUACUAUUCUUGAAGAUUGGAGGCACAAGGAGAAGGCCUUGAAUGUAACUAUAAUGGAAUUUACUGGGUAUUCAUACUGUGCUUGUCAUGAACUCAUGAUAGCAGCCUGCUUGUGGAGGAGGGAUCCCAAAGUAUAGUGGAAGUUGUGUGGUCCCAUGAUGUAGUUUUUCUUAGUGUAACUGUAUCAUCAGAAAAUGAAGCCACACUUAAACUGUGAAUUUGCUGGCAGUGGCUAGAAGCUGUUGUAAAUCACCCUCUGCAGCACAGCCCCGUGUAGUAAAGAUAUUGUGAAGUUCUUCAAAAUAAUGGGACUGCCUUGAAUCCAAAUGUGCAUCUCGUCUUCACUCUGGAAUUCUGGAUGAGGCCCCAAUUGUUUCCUUCCCCGAAUCAGUCAAUGCCAUCGCUGCCUCUGCUCUCAGCCAUGUAAAUGUUACCAAUCCAUGUCCAUUUUCAAUUGAGAUCCUCUGUAGUAUUAUCCUUAUAUUGAAAGUCACUGACACGUGGGCCAAGCAUAUUGCUAACUAGCUCGGACAGCAGGCUCCUCUCUAUUGUGAUAAGCUCGUUUUGCAACUUUUCAUGGGCAGUCCUUGCUGUGAAGCAAGCUACCAUGGUUAUGGCUGGUGCAUUUCGUCGUUCUGCUGCCCUGCAUGCCAUGGUUGCCUUCUCUGUGCUUGCAGUUCUUGUACCAGAUCACGUCCAAGGGCAACACAGAUGCCCAGAUUUCUCCUGCGGCCGUCUUAACAACGUGUCAUACCCGUUCCGCCGGCGAGGCGACCCCUCCUACUGUGGUGUUCCAUCAUACGAGCUGGCCUGUUCAGACAGCAACGCUACAAUUCAUAUCAACAAGGCAACAUACUUGGUGACUGAGAUCAACUACAGUGAUCUGUACUUCUGGGUGGUCGAUGCAAGCUUGGAUUCAGCUAACAAUUGCCCUCUUCCUCGGUGGAACCGGCCUCCUUACGUUGAAAAAUACAGGCUUGGAGAAGAUUCACACCGCAGUGUCCAAGUCCAGUUGGCUCCUGAUGUAGAAUGGUUUGCUACCUUCGUGAAAUGCUCACGGGAAAUGCACAGCAGCAAUGUCAUGUACAGGCCUGUGGCUUGCCGGAGCAGCGACUCUUCUUUCGUCUAUGUAAUAACUGGCCGGGGAUCCUAUUUCGCUGAAUACCUAGAGCCUUCGUGUGGAUACCUGGCAAUGACUCCUCUAGCUGUGGGUGGUCUGGAGAAUUGGCGCACUGCUACUGCGGCUGCCACACUGGAGGAUGUAAGUUAUGAAGAUGUUGUCACAUCCAUGAGGGAAGGAUUCGCUGUUCGAUUUCCUUUCAAGUCCGGGAGAUUCUUCGACUGCCUUAGGGGCUUGAUCAGCGACAGCAGUGGAAAACCAACAAGAUCUCGGCCCUUCAACAUUUUUGUUAAUAUCAAGUCCUACGUUUCGAUAUGCGGGCGUCAUGCAACUCAACUUCCACAUCCUUUACUUGUGCUCCUGAUGUCAGUGCCACUGACACAAGCUUUCUCGAUUGUACGGGGCAUUUUUGUAUGCAGGUUCAUUCUGGUGAUGCUGCUGGUGCUGACAUUCCUUAUCUACAUGUACUGGAAAAUAAUAAGGAUGAAAGUUGAUGUGGUCGAGAAGUUUCUGCGAAUGCAACAAAUGCUGACCCCAACGAGAUACACCUACACGGACAUUGCUGCCAUCACAAGUCAUUUUAGAGACAACCUUGGCCAAGGAGGAUAUGGCUUCGUCUACAAAGGUGUGUUACUCCCGGGUGAUAUCCAUGUUGCCGUCAAGAUGCUGAAGGUUGACUCCAGCUGUAAAGGAGAAGAGUUCAUUAGCGAGGUCUCCACCAUUGGCAGGAUCCACCAUGUCAACGUGGUGCGACUCGUGGGGUUCUGCUCUGAAGAAAUGAGAAGAGCGCUGGUCUACGAGUAUAUGCCUCGGGGCUCGCUUGACAAGUACAUCUUCUCGUCCGAGAAGAGUUUCUCCUGGGAUAAGCUGAAUGAAAUCGCCUUGGGCAUUGCCAGAGGAAUCAAUUACCUACAUCAAGGGUGUGACAUGCAGAUCCUGCACUUCGACAUCAAACCGCACAACAUCCUUCUGGACGCCAACUUUGUCCCAAAAGUUGCUGAUUUUGGUCUUGCAAAGCUAUACCCGAGGGACGAGAGUUUUAUCCCAGUGAGUGCAGCAAGAGGGACGGUGGGCUACAUAGCUCCUGAGAUGAUCUCUCGGAGUUUUGGUGUCAUAUCGAGCAAGUCCGACGUUUACAGCUUCGGGAUGCUACUGCUGGAGAUGGCUGGGGGAAGAAAGAAUGCUGAUCCAAAUGCAGAGAAUUCAAGCCAGGCAUACUAUCCAUCACGAGUGUACCGUCAGCUGACCCGACAAGAAACGGGUGAGAUCACUGCUGCUGCUGCCGAUAUGCAUGAGCUGGAGAAGAAGCUCUGCGUCGUCGGACUCUGGUGCAUACAGAUCAGUCCUUGCGACCGGCCGACGAUGAGCGAGGUGAUAGAGAUGCUUGAAGGUGGUGUUGAUCGUCUGCAAGUUCCUCCCAGGCCAUUCUUCUGCGACGAUGACCACGUCGCUGCUGUGGAGACGUUCCAUCUGUCUUCCGGGACAGAGCUGGCUGCAAUCUCCGAGGACGACGACGACGAGCAAUCCUAAUACAAAGAUACUAUUUAUGAUUUCUAUAUUUUUAUUUAAAAAGCUACU